AGAGGGAGGGGGAAUAUUUUAAGCCAUUCAAUAACCCUCCAGCAGCCAUCUUCACUUCCUUUUCUCAUCACUUCCCCCUAUAUAGCAAAUAAAAUUAUAUCUUAAAUCCACUUCUACACAAAAUUACUACUGUUUCCCUCCAAGAGAGAGCGUGGAAAAACUCAACGAGGCAAGUACAAUAGGGCAGCGUUGGGAAUCUGCAGACAGAGGGCUACAGUACCAGGAGAAGCCGGGGAACCUACACAUCAGUCAUCAGCACCGCUUUUAUAAUUAUUUCAGCAGCGCAUCUCAUACUGGAUGAAUCUUAAGGGUGUCUGUGUAUGAGGAAGGUGGAGAACAAGAGGAGCAUAGAGACAAACGUGGCUCGAUGAUCACUUCCCCAGGAAAAUCCAUACUAUAGUAUAUUAUCAAUGCUGGGACCGCACUACUGAAGAUCUACAUUCCAGAGUACCAGCCACAUUACCGAACCGAUUCUGUAUUCUGUGCAGCCGCUCAUCUGUUGGAUUGAAUAACCUUUUUAUAAGACGUGAUUAUCAGACAGUUUGGAGUCUUGGUGUCUUAAUUCCCCCUCACCCUUUUUGGUGCUGCCUCUGGACUAUUAGCAAUGAGUGAAUUCUGGCUAUGUUUCAAUUGCUGCAUCGCAGAACAGCCACAGCCGAAAAGAAGGCGGCGAAUCGACAGAAGUAUGAUUGGAGAGCCAACAAAUUUUGUUCAUACAGCACAUGUAGGAUCAGGAGACCUGUUUAGUGGAAUGAACUCUGUGAGUUCAAUUCAGAACCAAAUGCAGUCGAAAGGAGGCUACGGAGGAAAUAUGUCUGCAAAUGUCCAGAUGCAGCUUGUGGACACAAAAGCAGGAUAACCUUGGGAUUAUAUUGUCAGGUCUCCAGGAUGGUUUCAUACCUUUUGCCUUCCCCUUGUUCUUCACCACCCUCAUUUGUGUACUGGUGACUGCUUUCUUUCUCCUUCAUCAAAUGCGAGUUGGUUCAUAUGUGACCCGUGUGAUGACAACUAUAAAGUUAUGCUGGUCUUGGCUAUGGAUAGAAUUGAUCACAUUGCCGUACCAUGCCUAUUCACUUGAAUUCACGGCAUUUGGUCCAUGCCAAAAUCUUUUUUUUUUUCUUUUUCUUUUUUUAAAUAAAUACUACAAAUACAUAGGAAUCGUUUUGAUUUGCAGGCCUUUACAUUUUGCCAAUAUUUUUUUAAGUAAAACAUUGCUUUUUAUUAUUAUUGGCAUUCCAGUUCCUAGUAGAUGAGUUUUUAUUGCCCUUAUUAUUUUGGACAGGACUGGGACCUGAAAGCACAAUGAGAAUUACAAAUUGGACUGACGAUAAUGUAGAUCAAGUGCAUGUUAUGUUAUUUUUUCUUUGUACAGAGGCCUACAGAGCAAAAAAACAUGCCUGUUUGUGGCCGAAGACUGAUGGUAUUGUUGCUGCUCUCCAACUGACGCCAGGAUUCACCAGUCUUGCAAAAAAACAAAUUAAGAAAAGACUUAUCUAUGUAUGUCAGAUUAGUUCUCUUAAAACCUAGUAUUGAUGAUGAUGAAGAAUGAUAGUGAUAAUAAUAGUAACAAGUAACGAUAAUAAACAAGCUUCCAUUCAUAAGGAAUUCAGUUGUAAAUGUUCAGUAUAUUUAUUUUGAAAGAUCUGACCUCGGGAUUGUAAACCAAUGUAGUAACCUAUAAAGUGUUGUGUUGGUGCUUUUUGUCUUUUAAGAAAUAAUAGAUUCAUCAUUGCUGCGUCUACCCAUUGUAUGUGCCUAAUUAAGGCAAUCUCAUAGCAGCAUGUCAAACAGCCUGCAUUGUUCCCUAUAUAUUAGUCCUUAGGUUCUGUUCACUAUUGAUGGGCCGUAUUAUUACGGAAGGCAACAGGUUGGAAACUAGCAUAGCUAAGUAAAAAAGGAAUUAUCAAAUUGUCUAAACUUACAGGGUGAUAUUUUUUUUAAUUAUUAUUAUUAUUAUACACAAUCUGUGUAAAAAGUUUGAUGCUCAGGUUCCAAAGCAUGUAUCUUUCACAUCAUAAGAAUUAUUUUCCUAUUGCACUGUUAUCAGAUGUACAUGUCGUUGGUUCUUCUGUUUGUGACAGGAGCAUGGAGUCUAGUUUUAACCAAGUCUGAAUUACUUCUGUUCUUCUAUCAAUAUUGUAAUGGAUAUAUGGAAAUCUGUAUUUAAGUGAUUGAAUGCUUAUCCAGAAAUUGGAGGCCAAAAGUACAAUUUUAUGACUAGCCUAUUUUUCUGUUUCAUAACCUCACCCUUGUACAUAAAAUAUCUAGACAAAAUAGUAAAGUAGAACAAAGGAAAUAUUAAGCAGAGAAAUUAUGUGGAUUUACUUAAUCGCUAAGAACACAAAUCCACUAGAUCAAAGUUAUUUUUUAAACCUGUAAGGACAAUUUAAAUUAAUAUCUUGCUGUGAUACCAAGCAGUUUAAACUACUCAAUUCAGGACUAAAAUGGUUAACUAUUUGUUAUAUUUCCAGCAUCUUGACCAUAUUUACAGUAUUGUGAGAUAAACCUGUGUCUACACACUGUUUUAUGAAAACAAAAAAAAAGUUUAGUUUAACAGGAUUAUUUACAAUGCAUUUUAUCAACUUAAUAACAGCCUAUCUAAAGAGCAGGUUUAUCAAGAUAUUUUCAGAUUCUUUGAUCAAAAGAAAAAUAAAUAAUUUACAUAUUUUUAUAACAAAACAUACUUUUUGUACAUUGUGUUCAUUCUUGAAUAAAGUUGGUUCAGUGUUGGCUUGUAGAUAUUACAGAAAAGUAUUGACAUUGAUUCAAAUAAAUGUUUUCUUUCUCAA